AUGUCCAACUUUAAAAGAUACGACUUUUCUGGUAAAGUUGCUUUGGUGACUGGAAGCUCAUCGAAUGGCAUUGGAGCCGCUAUUGCACUACAGCUUGCGCAGUAUGGAGCACAGGUGGUCAUCACUGGACGUAACGCUGCAAACCUGAACAAGGUGGCGCAGAAAAUUAAAGAUGCUUCCGGCUCGACACCACUUGAAGUAGUAGGCGAUCUGCUCGAUGACUCUUUUGCCCCGAAACUGGUUCAAUCGGCUAUUGACAAGUUUGGAAGAAUCGAUGUUCUAGUGAACAAUGCUGGCUUUGGGGACACUGACAUGUCAUUGUCAAGUGAGAACCUAAUGGAAGGCUAUGACAAGGUGAUGGGACUCAACUUGAAGAGUGCCAUCAGAAUGACCCAACUGUGCGUGCCUCAUUUAGAGAAAGGCAAAGGAUUUAGUAAUAUUAUUAACAUAAGUUCAAUUGCUGCAAUCCGUCCGUACGUUUUAGUGUACAGCUGCUCAAAAGCAGCACUCGACAUGUGCACUCGUUGUUCGGCUAGUGAACUUGGAGUUAAGGGCAUCAGAGUGAACAGCAUCAAUCCGGGCCCAAUUUGGACUGAUUUUGGUCGGUCAGUUGGCAAUGAUCGCUUUUUUCACGAUUUGGAGCACAUUGUCAAGGCCAAGUCGCCAUUGGGCAGAAUUGGCGACCCAGAAGAAAUUGCUAAUUUAGCCAGUUUUUUGGCUAGUGAUUUGGCGGCAAACAUUACUGGAUCAAUCUUUGUUUCGGAUGGAGGAAUGUUGGUAGAAAGUAUGGGCAAAUAA